UGUAUCAGGUUGCUAUGUAUUAUGCAUUUCUUUUACAUAGUGAGCCUACGUAAGGUACAUUCUUUUCAAAACCAGUAAAACCAAUACUUUGUAAGAUGCGCAUAAACUCAUGCUCAUGAAACAUGCUCAUAAGAUGUAUAUGUUGUUUAUUUGGUAAUUUUGUCUGUUUUGAUGUAGCGUAGUGAUUGAUUAGUUUGAAGUAGCGUCUCGUUGACAAUUAUUAUUAUUAUUAUUAUCAUCAAAAACAUAUAUUUUAUUAAAAAUGUUGCAGUCCAGCAGAAAAACACAGUCCACGCGUUUUCCUGUACCGAGAGCACAGCUAUUUUUAGUCGAACGAGGGCGCUCACUCAGGGGAGAUGUGCUGACUUGCUCUCGAGUAUAGGCUGCGUUUCCCUCAUCCAGCGCACCCGAGGAUAUUACAUCCAUUACGCUUGAGAUCCAGAGAACUGAAUCAGCUGUCAUACGUUUACCAUCAAAUAAACCUGACAGACGAGCACCGAAGCCAUACAAUACUUUAUUGGUUCGCCUUCUUCAGCGUCAAGAAAAUUCAUCCAGUGUGCACGAAAUGUCGCUGUAUCCAUCCCUAGAAGACAUGAAGGUGGAUAAGUUCAUGAAGUCGCAGAACACUCCUACUGCAAGUCCAUUAAAAGCUUUACCUCCAGCAGAACCCGAGCCUUACUACGAUACAAAGUUCGAAGAGAUAGGUACUUCCAGCAGGUUGUACCCUGAGCUGAAUGAGUUUAUGGGUCUAAAUAUCAGUGAAGAAGCUCAACAAACUCUUUCCUCUUCGGUUCCUGACCAGACCAGUGGGGCUCUUAGUGUCUGCACGUAUGGAAUGAGCUGGGCGGCAGCCCCCAUAACAGGAAGUGACCUGGGGGUGAAGCGGGCAGAGAUUCGACAUGGCGUGCGGGAGUUGGUGCUGUGCAAAGACAUGGAUGGGAAGAUUGGUCUCCGCCUCAAAGUCAUAGAUAAUGGCGUGUUUGUGCAAUUAGUGCAGGCUAACACUCCUGCAGCACUGGCUGGGCUGCGCUUUGGUGAUCAGAUUCUGCAGAUCAAUGGCAAAUCUUGUGCUGGCUGGAGUAGUGAUAAUGCACAUAAGGAGCUUAAGAACGCCAACCCAGAGAAGAUCACUUUGGCUGUGCGAGACAGGCCAUUGGAGCGAACUCUUACUCUUCACAAGGACAUGACCGGGCAGCUCGGCUUUCUUUUUAAAAAGGGUCGAAUCACCUCAAUAGUAAAAGACAGCUCAGCUGCACGUAACGGCCUCCUUACUGAUCAUCAGAUCUGUGAGAUCAAUGGUCAGAAUAUAAUCGGACUGAAGGACUCCCAAAUCACAGACAUCCUUAAUUCCAGCGGUGGGGUUGUCACGGUUACUGUGAUGCCAGUGGUCAUCUUUGAACACAUGAUGAAAAGGAUGUCCAGCAGUAUUGUAAAGUCGCUAAUGGACCAUUCUAUUCCUGAAGUGUGAGAUCGUUUGGAUCAAACUGUACAGUUGAGGAUGAUUUGGUCACAGUUUUUGGAGAGCUCGCUUUUUGUUUGGAGCACAAGUUCAGUUGUGUCCACAAUCAUGUUAUUUUAGGUUUUUAGGUAUGUUUGAGAGGUGGUUGUCAGGCAAAGAAAGCAAAGAAAUCACAAGAGUUAUUUGUUUUAGUUUUUCCUUUGAAUCAAUAGUGUACCCAAAAAUGACAAGUUCUGUAAUCAUUUACUCACCUUCAUGUUGUUCCAAACCCAUAAGCCACAUAAAAGAAAAUGCUUUUGUCCUUACUCUGAAAGUGGGGUUGGAUACUUUUGAACCUAACAAAUGCACAAAACCAUGAAAGUUAAGAUAAUUUUCUAUAACUUACUCUGCUAUAUUUUAACUCAUAUGAAGGCAAAAAUAGUGUGGAACACAAUGAAAUGUCAUUAUGCACUGAUUAAAUUCAUUAUUCCCUCCAUCUGCCAUAGCUGUCAAAUGUCAUUCACAUUUUUGCAUAUUAAAACUGGUUAAUCAUGAUCAGUCAUCACACACAACAAACUAUGCUGUUUGGCGUCAUUAAUGCCAAAGUUGGUGUGACUUGUCUUCAUGCUUCAAAAUUACAUAAAUGCAAAUAGGGAGCUAGAGUGGAGGUUUUCAGCAAAUAACAACUUAAAGAUUUUUUUAUACAAGACUUGGAAGACACACAAGUGAUAUGGUAGUUUUAUGACAUGUUCAUAGUGCUUUUUUGAUUUGAAGUACUUCAUGUCGUCAUUUAAUAUUCUGCUUAGCUUAGAAUAAGGUUUGGAACAACAUACUGUAAAGAUUUGUAAAUAUUGAAACAUUUUCAUUGUUGGGUAAUGCCUUUAAUUUAUCUCCUUCCUCUUUAGAUAUUUUUUGUUAAAACUGAAGCAUUCAGAAUUGUCAUAAACAUGCAAUACAGCAUGUUGAUGCUGUAAAUCGGUCAGAAUAAUUAUGCUGUUUAAAUUACAUUCUAAAAGCCAUUAAAAACUAUGCACUGAUGAAGAUAGUUUUUUGUAUAUAUAUAUAUAUAUAUAUAUAUAUAUAUAUAUAUAUAUAUAUAUAUAUAUAUAUAUAUAUAUAUAUAAACAAACAAUACAGAAUUCAGAGAUUAAUUAUAUGACAACUUUAUGUUUAAGAGUUGUAUUUGCAGUCCAUUUUGUGACCAUGCAUUCUUUCUUCUUGUUCUUCAUGUUUAUGGUUGUGUGGCCUGUGUUAUGUGCUACUUAAAACAGUUGUUUUCUUUCUUCACCAGAACUUGAUUUUUUUUUCUUGGUGUCUCUGGAGAUAUGAUUACACCAGCAGAUCGUUUUGCUAUCUGUCUAUUACAUUUUCAUCUAAAACCUCUUUAGACAGUGUGAGGCUGUCACACAUGUAAAAUCUAUUUUCACUGGUUUCAAAUAAAACUAUACAUUUUAAUUUUAA